CAUUCGAAGACCAUAGUCCUGCUCAUCUACCCCUCUCUAUUUCCCCUCUAUUUGGAGCUGUCACAUACAUACGGGAUGGUCCUCUCAUUUGUCAUUGUUCAGAAUCGCCAGGGGAAGACGCGGCUUGCGAAAUGGUAUGCGCCGUAUAGCGAUGAGGAAAAAGUCAAGCUGAAGGGCGAGGUCCAUCGAUUGGUCGCCCCGCGAGACCAGAAAUACCAAUCGAAUUUCGUCGAAUUCAAGCGCAGUACCAAGAUCGUCUACCGGAGAUAUGCGGGGUUGUUCUUCUGCGCGUGCGUCGACGCCACCGAUAACGAGCUGGCGUAUCUAGAGGCCAUCCAUUUCUUUGUCGAGGUGUUGGAUCAGUUCUUUGGGAAUGUGUGUGAACUGGAUUUGGUAUUCAAUUUCUACAAGGUAUACGCUAUUCUGGAUGAGGUGUUCCUGGCGGGUGAGAUUGAAGAGACCAGCAAGCAAGUUGUGUUAACGAGGUUGGAACACUUGGAUAAGUUGGAGUGAUUGGUUCAUUAGGGGUGGAGGGAAGGACAUGGCCCUCGCAGCGGAAUUGCAUACAUGGCCACGGAUAUGGUCAUUAUAGGAGUUAGGGAUUCUUGGGCGGAUCUUCAGAUCCGGGCGUGUUUUAUAUAUCUAUCGCUUUGUUUGUUGCCAAUUUUGUCAGGCUUGCGACUGUUAAUACCCUCUGCGUCCCUCUCCGGUCAGUCUAGAUUAAUUAGUAUGGAUCAAGAGCCGUGCAAAGCGCUUAAUCAAGGCAUUUAUAGCCGU